GUGUUUGUGAGCGCUGUGUUUCAGCAGUGAGGAGGAGAUGCCUCUGCCAGUUCAGGUCUUUAACUUUCAGGCGAGCUCUGUGUCAGGGUUGGGGGGUGCAGAACAGAGUCAGGAUAGGAUAAGGGAUAGCUCCAUACCAAGUUCAACCUCUUCAUCAUUGACAGAUCUUUACUGCACCCCCCACAGCAGUAGGUCAGACCUACUUCCCUUCACCUCAGGAGACUACAUUCUUAGCACCAGUCUAUCUACAUGUACCCUGCUCUUUGAGGGGGCUGUGGAGCCCAUGCAAAUAGAUGCUGACCCACAAGAAGACCAGCAAAAUGCACCUGAUACCAAUUAUGUGGUGGAGAAUCCAACUUUGGAUCUGGAGCAAUAUGCAUCCAGCUACAGUGGUCUAAUGAGAAUUGAGAGACUGCAGUUCAUUGCUGACCACUGCCCUCAGCUCCGUGUUGAAGCUCUCAAAAUGGCACUUUCAUUUGUCCAAAGAACCUUCAAUGUUGACAUCUAUGAGGAAGUCCACCGCAAGCUUACUGGAGCAACCAGGGACGUGCAGGGGGUUCCAGACGCAGUCCCUGAAGGUGGGAUCGAACCUCCUCCUCUCGACUCAGCCUGGGCGGAGUCAACCAGGAAAAAGGCUCUGCUAAAACUGGAGAAACUAGAUACAGACCUGAAGAACUACAAGGGAAACUCGAUUAAAGAGAGCAUCAGGAGGGGUCAUGAUGACCUGGGAGAUCACUAUCUAGACUGCGGUGAUCUUAGUAACGCCUUGAAAUGCUACUCGCGAGCCCGAGACUACUGCACCAGCGCCAAACACGUUAUCAACAUGUGUCUUAAUGUUAUCAAGGUUAGCGUUUACCUACAGAACUGGUCCCACGUUCUUAGCUACGUCAGCAAGGCAGAAUCUACUCCAGAGAUAGCAGAGCAAAGGGGGGAAAGAGACAGUCAAAAUCAGGCAGUUCUAACCAAACUAAAGUGUGCUGCAGGCUUGGCAGAGUUAGCUUCUCGAAAAUACAAACAGGCUGCCAAGUGCUUCUUGCUGGCUUCAUUUGAUCACUGCGACUUCCCUGAGCUUCUCUCAUCUAGUAAUGUAGCAGUUUAUGGGGGAUUGUGCGCACUGGCAACAUUUGACAGGCAAGAAUUGCAAAAGAAUGUAAUUUCUAGCAGCUCUUUUAAAUUAUUUUUGGAAUUGGAGCCUCAAGUUCGUGACAUUAUCUUUAAGUUUUAUGAAUCAAAGUAUGCUUCCUGUCUAAAAAUGCUGGAUGAAAUGAAGGAUAACCUUCUCCUAGACAUGUACCUGGCCCCUCAUGUAAGGACACUGUAUACGCAGAUCCGAAACCGAGCUCUUAUACAGUACUUCAGUCCCUACGUUUCAGCAGACAUGCACAUGAUGGCGACCUCGUUCAACACCACAGUGGCUGCUUUGGAGGAUGAGCUGACACAACUGAUUCUAGAGGGGUUAAUCAAUGCAAGAAUCGACUCGCAUAGCAAGAUUUUGUAUGCCAGGGAUGUGGAUCAGAGAAGCACAACGUUUGAAAAGUCUUUACAGAUGGGCAAAGAGUUUCAGAGACGAGCUAAAGCCAUGAUACUGAGGGCUGCAGUGCUACGUAAUCAGAUACACGUAAAGUCCCCUCCAAGAGAAGGCAGCCAAGGGGAACUCACACCUGCAAACAGCCAAACACGAAUGAGCACCAAUAUGUGAAGAUUUUAAACCAGAUGCCCCUUUAAGGAAAACUAAAUGGGGAGGAGGGGGGGCCUUGAAGACUCUCCUGCCACUGGUUCUAUUAUUAAAAAACAUUUUCCCUACAGGAGAAACAUAAAAAAGACUUUAUUUAAAUGGGAAAAGUCAUCUCUGUUAUCUAGAUAAGGACAAAAAAUGAAAGCAGAAUGUUAAAAAAAAAAGAAAGAAAAUGUUUUGCAGCUCUUAAGCUGUGCUGUUCUUUGCUAAAGAUGCAGUUUCCUUUGUAUCUUGUGAAAAACCUUGAAUACACACAAAAAACCUCAAAACCGAAGUCCAGAUUGCAGUCUUGUUGAUUUUAGCACAAAAAUAAGAAAUAUAAAAAUUUAAUUAACUUCUAAAAAAAAAAAAAAAAGUUAUUGGUUUUGAUCCAUCAUAAGGAUAUCCUUCAGAUGGCUUGUUAAAAAGCUUAUUAUUUUAGCAUUGGCCAUUAUAAAUGUCCCCUUCUUGAAUAUGUUUGUAUGAGGUUAUAUUUCAGGAGCUUUCCAAAUAAAGCAUCUCUGUGUCUCUUA